AUGGGUCAAUCAUUAGAUCGAGCUUGGGAUCGUUGUACUGAAGAGGGAUUUUGUCGCUGUCUUCCAGUCCUAAAACAAAUUAGUUGUUGGCAUCUAGGCUUGAAAAAUAUUCCAUCUACACAAUCUGUUCCGAACGAUAUCACCCAUAUUGAUCUUUCGUAUAAUGAAUUGACAACAUUACAUCGGGACACAUUUCGAGGUUUAACACACCUUACAAUCUUGGAUCUAUCUAGAAAUCGUCUAAAUUUUCUGCCCAAUGAUUUACUCUUAGAUUUAGAUAGCUUAUCAACCUUACGUCUUCAAGAAAAUAAUCUUCAAAGAGUUGAUAAUCAGCUGUUUUUGAAGCUUCGAAGCUUGAAGAUAUUAGACGUCUCAAUUAAUCAUUUGUCAAAUGCCUUACCUCUAGAGCUUUUCCAAUCAAUUUAUCACAUCAAAGUUAUAAAUUUUAGCAACAAUAAGCUGAAUAAAUUCCCUCUUUUACUCGAACAAUCGGAACUGGAAGAAUUGGAUAUUUCAAAAAAUGAGAUUUGUGCCAUAGACAAUAAGGAUUUGUUUGAACUGAAAAAGCUGAAAACAUUAAGACUCUCUGAAAACUCAUUAGCAUUUGUAUCUGAAGAAAAAUUUUAUAAUUCAUAUAAGCGAAAGCCUUUUCAAAAGCUUAAAGAACCUUUUGAUAUUGGAUUUGGCAGCAAACAAAAUCCAAUCGAUGCAUCCAUUUGCUUUUCACAGCUUGAGAAAGGCUUGAAGCGUUUGAUGCUUUUCAGUAAUAACUUCAAAUACCUCCAUUCUAAUAGUUUUGAAGGUUUAAGCUCUUUGUCAAGUUUACUACUCAACAAUAAUAAUCUGAAAGAUUUUGAUGCUGACGUAUUUUCUCCGCUGAUAAGCUUAUCAAAAUUACGACUUGAUUCGAAUAAACUCCAAUUUCUGCCAAAAGACUGUCUCGAUAAUAUACCAAAAUUAACCAAAAUUAAAUUAGAUAAAAAUCCUUGGCAUUGUGAUUGCCAGUCAAUUUAUCUAGCACGCUUCCUGCGAAAAAAUUUUGAAAAGUUGUGGAAUGGUGAAGCUGGUAUACCUUUAUGUCUGGGUCCUGGUGAACUUGGUGGAAAGCAAGUUAGCAUGUUACGUUUUGAUCAUCUAUGCUAUGGACAAUGGUUUUCAAUGGUCAAUUUAGCAGCACGAGUGCCAGUUAAAAAACAGACUACGGAUGCGCCAGCAUUAUUUUUCCAACAAAUGGAGAUUUUAAAUUAUCAAGAUAAGAAAACUACUUUAGCCACAGAAAAGCCUGAUUUUGAGGAAGAUCUGUUGCGCUAG